UGACGUUUGACAGUUGACGGUGACGUUUGAGGUUGAUCAAAACAAUAAUAUUGAUGACAAUUUAUAAUUAGGAUACGCCCGUUUGAUUCAAGUGAAAAAUAUUCUGUUUGAGCAACUUUUGCAAAUAUACUUCAAGAGGGGUUGAAAUGAUGAUAAAAAGUAGUUUAUUUGUUUCCUGUUUCAUCUUGAUAUUAUCAAUUAUUAGGAUAGGUGAAGCAGUUAGAUGUUUUCAAUGCGGAUCUGAUGAGGAUGGCCCAAACGAUGAUAAUUGCGGAGCAUACAAGAAGUUUGACAAACGAAAUCACAUUGCAAUCGACUGUAACAGUGAAGAGAGUCAUAUGCCUGGAACAUUCUGUAUGAAAGUUACUCAGCAAAGCCCCAAAGGAUUCAUAUGGGACGGCCGGUGGAGACAGGUCAUCAGAAGAUGUGCUUCCGUUGCUGACACUGGAGUCACAGGAGUUUGUAACUGGGGAGUAUAUGAGAAUGGAAUAUACUGGGAGGAAUGUUAUUGUUCGGAAGAUGAAUGUAAUAGUGCCAGCAUGACUAGGCUUUCGAAAACUUUUGGAUUGAGUUUGGUGUUGUUAGCCACAUUGGGAUAUUUUUUCCAGUAGAAUAUCUUGGAAAAACGGUUCAUGAUAUUUGACAGGGAAAAACAAAUGGACAUGUUCAAUUCGAGGACCAUCAAAAAAUUCAAUUAGUAUUCCCUACUAAGUAGUGGGUACUGCUAAAGUAUUAGAAUACUAUUCAAAACCAAGAUAAGGAUUUUUUCAUCCCGUCGAAUAUUUUAUCAACAACUUAUGUUUCUUCAAUAGUCAUUGUAUUUCUGAUAAUACUGAAGUGCAGAGAAUCUCAUUUUUAUUUUUGUAAAUAAGAGUAUUAUUUGUACAUAUUCUCUUCUUUUUUAUUUUCCAGUCGUUUUCAUCAAAAGUCUUGACAAUUUUCACUUAUCAAUUGGCUAAAUUUUUGAACCUGAGGCAGGAUGUAGGUUGAAUGUAUCAUUACGUUCUUUCAUUUUCAAAAUAAAGUUUCCAACUGCCAGCAGGCUAAAACUAUGUAGAAGAGUAUCCGCAUGAUGUCAGGUUAUUCAUCAGAUCCAGAUAACAAAUCCAAAAGCAUAAAGUGGGAAUAAUGUUCCGAAGAAACAAAGGAAGCAAUUGAUUACUAUAGUUUUUCCUUUAAUUUACUGAAUUGUCAGGUGUAUUCGACAAUCGAGAUGUCUGUUAUCUGUUAAUGAUAGUGUUGCUGGAGAUCUUUCAGCUAAAUAGAUUUUGUAAAUUUUUUACACACACGUAUUUUUGCCUAAUUUUCAAAUUUGACAUUUUGUAUUCGUCACCUAGUUUUCCGACUCUUUUAUAGAUUUCAGAAUCGAUCUGACUCAUUAUAUCGACCUUCUUUACAUAAUUUCAUCUUCAGUCUGAAAACUGAUUUUCCUCCUCAAAAAUGACUUUCGUUCAAGGUCUGAUUUUGUUUGAUAUAUGUUAUACCUUCGAAUUAAAUUUAUAUAUUUGUGCAGAAUUGUUUUGAUGCUGCCUUCAUGCAGGUUGAUUAUGCCAACGAUUUAUUUGUUUUUUCUUGUGGAUUUUAUGUUUUGAUUCUCUCCAUUUUAAGACUAAGUAUUUUUGAUAUUUUAUCUCACUUUUGUAGAUUCUUGAAUAAACGAAGUGCCUGUUUCCUUGUAAGCAUGGAUUACUUUCCAUAGAUUUAGUUUAUGUACUGUAAAGGUUCCGUCCAAUAAGAAUUGCGAAUUCCAUUGAUCAUUGUAUUGAAAAGUAUAGAUCUUGAUGUGUAUAUUUAAGUAUUAUAGAAAUUUUAAUAAUUUUUUAUUAUUGUUAUUUGCUACUUUUCAUAAAUAAUUAAAAGAAUGUUUUUUA